AUAGAGAAUCUUGGUUCCCUUGAUUCUUUCCUAGCUAAAUUGGCUGCAAAAUGAUGAAGGAAAAUCUAAUUUUUCUUUGGUUUAUGAAGAUGCCGAGAGAAAGAAAGGGUGGCAUGUGGGACUAUAGUAGGUAACUUUGAAGUUGUUAAUUAUUGGAUUAAUUUUUGUAUGAAAAGUUAUCAAAUCUUAUGUGGAUGAGAAAAAAAAAUAAAAGAAAAUAAUAUUUUAGGAAGAUGUGUACACUUAAGUGUUGCCCCUGAUUAGAGAUGCUCACUACAAGAAAUGUCAUUUUUGCCAGCAUAUUUUUGUGCUGUCAAAAGUUUAGUAUUGUGCUAGCAAAACAAAAUCUAUUUUUGAUGUGUUGGCAAAAAGGAAUUGACAAAUUAACUGUAACGCCCGUAUUUUAUAUUUACUAACCACGAAAGAUAACUUUAAUAUAUUAUAUCUUGAAGUUUUUGCACCAGGGAACCUAAUUUUGCACUUAUUUACGGAUUUGGCCUCGCUUUAAAUAAUACGGUUUUAUACCGUUUUUUUUCAAAUUUUUUAUGCCACGUAUACCGUUUGAUGUGUUAUAGUUUUUGUCCAUAUCUGAUACGUGUAAUACACGUUUAUAGGGAUAUAGCUAGAUUUGCCUUUUUCAGUUAGUCCCAAUCAGUCACGAUCAUUUCCUUCUUUUUCUUUAAUCUUCUCUCUCUCUCAUUGUUCAGUUUCAAAACGUUUUUUGCUUAACCAGUCACGAUCUAAGACGAUUUAUUUUCUCAAGGUUCUAUAUAUUUUGAAUUGAUCAAGUAAGAUUUCUUUAUGUUUCUGCAUUUCUUGUUUAUUUUUUUUUUCUGUUCUUCUUCUUUAAGUUUUUCGAAAUAGAACUGAUUUUUAGGGUUCGUUUUUGUGAUCUGUAAGAGUUUGAAUGUGGUGGUAUGGCGAUUACGAGAAGUUCGAUUUCUCCAUCACCGUCUGGUUCGAAAAGAAAAGAUGUUGGUGAUGAGGAAGGCAAUGUGAGGAAAAUGUCUUUGGGUGAUGAUAAGAGUGAUGAUUCUGUGAGCAGUGAUGUUGUGAAUGAGAGGAGGAGUAAGAAGAGUAACGAUCAUGUGUCUAAGGAUGUUGUGAAUGAGAAGAGUAAGAAAAUUAACGAGAAGGUUGCUGAGAGUGUGAAGAAGAGUUCAGUGAGUUCUUUGGCGAAGAAAAAGAGUCGUGUGCCUGAUAUUGCUCCUGAUGAUCGUAAAUCGAAGAAGUUAAAGUUGAAGAGUGUGGCAGAGGUUGAUGAAGGAGAUCUAGAAUCUGAGGAUGAAAGUAGUAUUGCGAUUCCUUCGAAAGCCAAGUUGUGGGAAUUUUACUUGAAGCCAGAGGAAAGAUUUUGUGGUAAAAUCAUAUUCUGGGCUCAUAAUGAUGAUGUUUUAGUAGAUAUUAGAGCAAAAUUGACUGAGAAGCAGCGUGCUAUGUUUGUUGCAACUUGUUUUGGGCAUUUAUUGGAUAUUCAGUCUUAUAAAUUGCAGCAUCAGAUUUUUCACACUGCAUUGAAUAGGGAAGUCCAUCAACCAAAUUCGAAAGAGAUGUGGUUUGAUUUUGGUCAUGAUAGGGUUCGUUUUGGUUUAGGGCAGUUUGCUGUUAUUAGUGGUUUGUUGUGUAAGGGUGAUAUUGAUAUGAUGAAGUAUGUUGGGAAGGGAGAUGUGUUUGUAGACAAGUACUUUAGUGAUAUGACGGUGACUCAUGGAGCCGUUAAGCAGCGUUUUCUGAGUAGUACUUUUAAAGAUGAUGACUUUGCAGUUAGGAUGGCGGUGUUGUAUUUGGUUACUAACUACUUGUUAAGCAAACCUCCAGAUAAACAUGUUAGUAUUGAGUUGUUACAUUUGGUAGGUUCGGGUGAGUUUGAUAGUUUCCCAUGGGGCAAGGUUGUUUAUGAUACUACAUUGUACUAUUUGAGGCUUGGUUUGAAAGGUAAGAAGGGUGCUAAAUUGAAAGCUCUUGCUAAGGCAAAAGGAAUUGAUAAGAAGGGGAGUGAUUCAAAUUGUAAAACUUACAAAUUGGCUGGGUUUCCUUUCAUCUUCCAAGUUUGGUUGUAUGAGGUUAUUCCUCUUUUUAGAAGUCAAAACAUUUGUUUUUUUGACCCUUCUUCAACAUAUAGGGUGUGUAUGUGGUCCAGUGCGAAAGAAGUUACUUCAAGUGAGGUAGAGAGGAAAAUCUACUUGUCAUCUAAGCUUUCAGUUACUCCUGUGUUUCCUUCUGCUGAGGAGAAUGAGAAAUUUGAUCUUACUGGAUUUAAUUUUUCUUAUUUUUCAUUGUCUGAUGAUGAUUUUGAGAGUGUGAAAGUACCUAAGAGGCAGUUAGACAAGGGUGAGUUUUCAGGUGUUAAGGAAAAAGUUACUGUUGGGGGUCCUAUGUUUGAUGAUGUUAAACAUUAUGUGAUGCGUAUUAUCAAUGAGCAAUCUGAGAUUGGGAGUUCUUUGAAGGAGUUGAGGAAGGAUAUUGAUGAUAAGUUUGUUCAAUUUGAGAGUAAAAUGAAGGCUCACAUUGAUUCUAAAAUUGAAGAGGGUUAGGUUUUGUAUUUGGAUAAGAAGUUUUCAGAUUUAAAUGAUGUAUUGGAGGGCUUGAAAGAUUGUGUUACUAGUCAGGUAAAGUUCAUUUCCUUUAUUAUUAUUUUUUUAUUUUUUAAUUUUUGUGUGUUUUUAUUUUAAUGUUUUGUUAUUUAUUAAUAUUUGUUUUAGAGGUAUGAUGAUCAAAAUGGUGGUGAUGGGAGUGAUGAUAGUGGUGGUGCGGAAGAUGAUGGAAGUGAUGGCGGUGAUGGCGGUG